UUCUCUUCUUCCCGUUCCAAUCUCUUCCCUUUUUCCCGAAAUAUCAUUCUUUCUUUCAUACAUCCUUUGCAGCAAGAGAAUCGCUGCGAAAUGAGAGACGUGAUACGAGAAUAAGUGCCGACGAGUCACUAAACCUAUCGCCGAUAAUAAUUAAGAGGUAGACGAAAAUUCAUUAGUCGACGAAUUCCUUCUCGUUCUUCUCCCCCGUUGGCCCAUUUGUUAUCUCGUUCAUCGUAGUAAUUCGGAAUAAUCGUUGUUGAGAAAGUCAGGGCCGUAUAUUAUUUUCAGAUAUAUAUAUAUAUAUGCUUCGUAUAAAUAAUUUUUAUCAUAUUUUAAAAAUAUUUUCUAUUUUGUCAUAUAUUAUAGAUUUUUAAUUAUGAAUUACCUUGAUAAUGAUCGUAUUUAAAAACGAAUCGGGUUUACUUUUGCGUAUAACCGUGGAACGUGCUUUUCGAGAAGCGGCACACGAUUUCCCAUGGCUAGGGAAAAUAGGGGAAAAAAGAGAGAACGAUGUUCUAAUUACGGCACUGCUUCGGGCGCAGGCGUUUCGAUGAUCCGACGACGUCACAAGUUUCUCCCUUUCUCUCUCUCUCUUUCUCUCUUGUUCUUACGCACACACACAUACAGGUAUAGUCUGUUAUACGCUUAUCAAUGAACGUACGACGCCUACGGCAAAUACCUGUUCCCUCUAGUGGUGAACCGGUCGACCCACCCGUUAGCCUUGUCACUACUCUCGAUUCCCGUAGCACCCUUGCUUUUCUUCCUUCUUUCUUCUUUUCUUUUUCUCUUUCGUCAUCAUUGUUUUCACGUAUACGACAAUACGAAUCACGAUGCCUUCUGAACUUUCAACCAAUGAUCGACGAUGAAUCAAGCUUAGUCAAUAAGAAAUAAAGAAGAAAAGAAAGGGUAGAAGGGAGGAACAACUAAACAUGAACAGAGACGUUAAACAUUUAUGGGGCUUCCGUCGAUGGUAAAGAAGGAAAUAGAUCAUUUGUUAUUUUGCCAGUGAUCAUUUGUUGUGUCUAUAACGAUUAUUGCAAAGGAUGAAACUCGGACAUACGAUCGAGGAUUCAAGAAAAAAGUAUCCCGAACUUACGGAAGAACUUUUGGAAAAGUUGAAAGAAUGGUUACAACAAUGCAAUCUUUCUGAUGUUCCACAAGAGCAAUUGGCAAUCUUUGCACAGAGUUGUUAUUUUCAAACGGAUGCUACAUUACGAUGCAUGGAGACUUAUUACAGAAUAAGAACAAGCACUCCGGAAUUUUUUAGCAAUCGUGAUAUCAAAUUAGAUAACUUGCAAUGUUCCCUGAAAGUACUGGAAUUUGUAAUACUACCUGUACCGGAUCCCAAUGGAUAUAAUAUAAUUUUUCAUCGACUGGCAGACACUAAAGCAAGUAAAUAUUUCUUGAAUGAUGCUAUAAAAUUAAUGAUGAUGACCGUGGAUGAGAAUCUUUACAACUAUGGCUGUUCACCCGGUUAUAUUUUUCUUUUCGACAUGGCCGGUGUUAAUAUAGCCCAUUUAACGAGAAUAUCCAUUGGCAGUAUUCGAAAAUUAUUUGAAUAUGUGCAAGAGGGAAUGCCGGUUAGAUUGAAGGCUAUUCACGUAAUAAAUGUCGUUGGUUUUAUGGAUAAAAUUCUUUCAAUCCUGAAGCCAUUUAUGAAUAGCGAAAUCCUUGAAAUGUUACAUUUACAUACCGGCGAGAUAUCGGAAAUUUACAAAUAUAUACCACCUAUGUGCCUUCCAAAAGAUUAUGGAGGUGAAUUGGACUGCAUCAAAGUACUUCAUGGGGAACAUUUACGUAAGCUGGAACAAUUGAGAGAUUAUUUCCAUGAGGAAGAGACUAUACGUCAGAACUAUAAUACAUCGAUGAAAAAAGAAAAUUAAAUUAUGAUGUUACAAUGGGUUUUUAAUAAAGACUAUAAAAAAAAAAAAAAAAAAAGAGAAAGAAAGAAAAAAAAUUGUACCCAAGAAAUUUUUUAUCAUCGAAGACAAUUGUUAAUCAAAGACUGUACUAAUAUAUAAAUAGGAUAAACGAUCUCAUAUUUUAA